UAUUUAGAUCUGAACCAAGCUGGCGGCUUUUAUGGUUCUCCAUUUCCCAUAUCUUCCUAUUUCCAUCUCUCUAUUCUUCGAAAAAACCUGAAAACCCUCUCUUAUAUAGUUUUGUUUGAAGAGCAAAGCCCCUCUCUUGCGUACUCCAAAAAGGAGGUCGUUUUGGUCCCAACUGAACCAACAAGGAAAGCUGUGAAAGUGGCUUAUCAUUCAAUUGCAAUAAUAAACAAAAAGCCUUAUUCAUAUUUCUUUUAUUAAUUUUCACUUGUGUUUGGGUUUUAGAGAGAAUGAGGAACAAAACAGUAUAACCCUACACUGCAAUGCAACAAGUGGGCAGCGCUGCUUAAAUUUACGAAACAGGAGGACCAACCUUCAAGUUAUAUGAAAAAAUGGAAUCGAGUAGUGUUCCAGAGUCAUCGCUUUCCAAUGUCAAAUCGAGUCGUUCAGAAAAGAAUAAAAUGAAGAAGCAGAGGAAGCAUCGGGCUAUCCAAAAUGGCAGUGCUGAGUUGAAAGAGGAAGAAACUUCUUUGGGAACAGAUUCGAAUUUAGAGUCUAAGGCGGAUGUUAGUUUAGAUUCGGGGUUGCAGGAAGGGGAAAAUUGGUCAAGUAAGGAUGCUUGUUUAGAAACAGAGCAUUUGACUCGUAUGCGUAGGAAGAAAAAGAGGAAAGAAAAUUCUUUGAUUGAUGCGUCUAAAGUCAAUGUUAGUGUAGAGUUGGGGUUGAAGGAAGAGGUGCAUUCAUCAGUGAAGGAUACUCUUGUGGAAAGAGAUUCACAUUUAGGGACCCUGGAGAAUAUUGGUUCCAAUUCUGGAUUGAAGGAGAGUCAAUUGAAUGAGCAGCCGGCUCAUUCAGAAAGGAAAAGAAAGAGGAAGAAGGAUCGUAAAAAGGCCGUACGUGGGCAAAAUGGGGAAGAAGGGCCAAAGGCUGUUCUAUUGUUCAGAGACGGGAAGGAAAAUUCCAUUAUAGAUGAAAAUCUAAGUCAUUCUCAUGUGGAGUCUAAGGUGAAUGUUAGUUUAGAGUCAGUGGAGAAAAGUAGUUUAGAGCCUGCAUUGAACGGGAGCCAAUUGAAUGAACAACCGGCUGAUUCAGAAAAGAAAAGAAAGAGGAAGAGGGCGCACAAAAUGGCUAAAGCUGGGCAAUUUGAGAAAUUGGAUCAGAAGUCAGCUGUAGAGCCGAGAGAUGGGAAAGAAAAUUCUUUGAUAGAUGAAAUGCAAAGUGCUUCCUGGGACGAGUCUAAGCUGAAUGUUAGUUUAGAGUCAGGGUUGAAGGAAGGGGCAAAUUCAUUAAUGGAGGAUUCUCUCUGGGAAAGAGAUUCGCAUGUAGAGACUUUGAAUAAAAUUAGUUUAGGGUCUGUAUUGAAGGGGAGUCAAUUGAAUGAACAACUGGCUCGCCCAGAAAGAAAAAGGAGGAGGAGGGGGAAGCGUAAAGUGGCUAAACCCGAGCAAUUUGAGAAAUUGGAUGCAAAGUGUGUUUUAGUGUUGAGAGAUAGGAAAGAAAAUUCUUUGAUAGAUGAAAAGCAAAAUGAUUCUCAUAUGGAGUUCAAAAUGCAUGUUAGUUCAGAGUCUGGAUUAAAAGAAGAGGCGAAUCAAGAUGUGGAGACUCUGGAGAAUAUUAGUUUAGAGUCUGGAAUGAAAGGAACUCAAUUGAAUGAACAAACAGUUCAAUCAGAAAGGAAAAGGAAGAGGAAGAAGGAGAAACAAGAGAGGACAAGGCUUAGUGUUCUGGAGGAUAAUGAUGUUAGCUCAAGGAGGAAUGACAGGGAUGAUAAUGAAGCUGAAAAUAACAAUAUGUGUCCUGUAACUCAAAUAACUAAUAGAAAGGAGGAUCUUAUGUCUAUUUCAGAAAAUGUAGAGUUGAAAAAUAUGAAGGGAAAUUCUCUGAUACCUGAUAAGCAAAGUGAUUCUCCACGAACUGCAAGUACCAGUAGGGUGAAAACACAAGAUCUCCGUGUUGAUGGGGAUCUUGUUAUUCCAGAAUUAAAAGAUAACAAAACCUUUCAGAUAGGGAAAAUUGUAAAAACGUAUCACAGGAAAAGGAAAAAGUCUUCCGAUCUCUUGGGAGAUACUUUUGAACCUGUCCAGGAGAAUGGUAUGAUACAGAGUUCAAUUGACCAUUUAGAAAAGGAACCUACAACUGGCAUAUCUGAAAGAAGGCUACAUGGAGUACUGCUUGGGGAGCAUGCUAUGCCAGCUCGGCUUUUGGAGGAAGCUUUUGGCAACAGCACAGGCAGUGAAGCUGCACUCAAAGGAAGGAAAAGAAAAAGAGCAAAGAAAUUGAAGGAGUCUUUGUGCAAGUAUCCAGACCAAAAGGAUGUCAAGGUAGAAACCAACAUGGAAGAAUUUAUUCCUUCUCCAUCAAACUUGGUUGUCGCAAAAGAUGACGUUGCACUAAAGGCUACCGUUAAAGAGAACACUUUGUCACGAACAUUGUACCCUUCGCUAGAAAGAAUAUGCAGCAGUCAUCCUAAGAAAAAGCUUCUUGUGCUUGAUUUGAAUGGAAUUCUUGUAGAUGUUGUUCAAAACCCAGGUGAAUUCAAGCCGGAUAUUAGAUUAUCAGGGAAAGGAGUUUUUAAGAGACCAUUUUGUGAUGAUUUUCUCGAGUUUUGCUUUAGGACAUUUAACGUUGGAAUCUGGUCAUCAAGAAUUAAUAAAAAUGUGAAGAGGUUGGUUGGUUUUCUUCUGAAGAAAUGGAGACGUAAUCUGCUUUUCUGUUGGCAUCGAAAGCAAUGUACAAAAACAAAAUUCAAAACCAUUGAGGAUAAGAAAAAACCGCUUGUUUUGAAGGAGCUAAGUAAAUUAUGGGGGAGGCAGUCACCUAAUGUUCCAUGGGAGAAGGGAGAGUAUGAUGAAUCAAACACAUUAUUGUUGGAUGAUUCCCCAUAUAAGGCUUUGCACAAUCCUGCAAACACUGCUGUAUUUCCAUAUCCUUACCAAUACAGGGAUACCAAAGAUUCUUCAUUAGGAUGUGGAGGAGAUAUUCGAACAUAUGUGGAAGGGUUAGCUGCGGCAGAGAAUGUUCAGAAGUACGUUGAGCAAAAUCCAUUUGGGCAACCGGCUAUCACAGAGUCAAAUCCACAUUGGGAUUUCUACUGCCAAAUUAUAGACAAAAAGAAAUGACAAGCCCCUUAAUUCCCUUUGCUGAUGUUGUCGGAUUUUGCAGGAUAAGUUGUAAAAUAAAUCCUUUAAUUGGGUGCCCUUUUGAAGUGAUGUUAGCUGAGAUUCAUUUGGAGUUUGUUCCAAUGUAACAGUAGAACACUAUAGGCUUUUUUGUAAUUGCAGCUGAUCGUAAAACCUUUUCGGCCUUUCAUAAUUUACACUGGCUGCUUCCACCUUGA